AUGCGGAUCUCUAAAAGUCUGCUGUUCCUGUCGGCCACGGGAGUGUCUCUCUCGUCGGCAUUCUACAUCCCCGGCUGGUCUAUCCGCUCAUACAAGGACGGCGACGCGAUCCCUCUCUCGACAAACAAGCUCACCUCCCCCACUACGCAGCUCCCCUACGCCUACUCCGAGCAGCCAUUCGUGUGUCCCGCCAGCAAGGACGGCUUCGGCGCGCGCUUCGGGUCAUCGAGAGCCAUUGCCCUCAACCUGGGCGAGGUUCUGCGCGGCGAUCGCAUCCAGAUCAGCGAUUACGAGCUCACAGUGGGUCAGGAUGAGGUGUGCAAGCAUCUCUGCGAUCGGGAGACCGAUAGGGCGGGUGUGGAGAAGGCAAAGGAAUUGGUGAGGGGUGGUUAUGUGGCCGAAUGGAUCGUCGAUAACCUUCCGGGGGCUACUUCGUUUGUGACGGUCGAUAAGACCAAGAAGUACUAUGCUGCUGGUUUCAAGCUCGGGUUCUACGAAAACGAUAAAGCAUUCAUCAACAACCAUGUUACUCUCGUCAUCCGCUGGCGCAAGACCGCCGAAGGCCCCAAUCGCAAGGUCAUCGUCGCCUUCGAGGUCUACACCAAGUCGAUUGCCGGACCGAUGGGCAAAUGCUCCGAGACUCUUGAGGGACAGAAGCCGCUCGAGCUCUAUAUCCCACCGGAGACUCCUAGAGAGGACGGAGGUCAAGGUGGAGAUGAUGGCAAGAGAUUGAACAUCCCAUACACCUACUCUGUCUACUGGAAAGAGGACAACACUAUUGAGUGGGCCUCACGCUGGGAUCUUUACUUUGUCAACGAUGACGAGGCGGCUUCCAUUCACUGGCUCGCCAUUGUCAACUCGCUUGUCAUCGCAAUGCUAUUGACCGUCGUUGUCGCAAUCAUUAUGCUGCGCACUCUCUCUAGAGAUAUCCAGAACUACAACGACACCGGUGCUACCGACCCCGAAUCUAAGCGGAAAGCAGCAGCUGCCGCCGCCGCCGAGGGCGCAGAGGAAGAUGAGUCUCUUGAUGAUAUCACUGGCUGGAAGUUGGUCCACGGAGAUGUCUUCAGACCACCUGGGGCCGGAGGACUGUUUGCACCAAUUGUUGGCAGCGGAGUUCAAUUGCUCGCCAUGGCCGUCGCACUCAUCGUACUCAGCGCUGUCGGUGUCCUGAACCCCAGCUACCGCGGUGGCUUCAUCAGCUUUGGCCUCUUCCUGUUUGUCUUCGCCGGUGUCUUCUCAGGCUACUUCAGCACCCGUGUCUACAAGACCUUCAAGGGCGAGAAGUGGAAGAACAAUGCCCUCAUGACAGCCCUCCUCUUCCCUGGUUUCCUCUUUGGAUCGGUAUUCAUUCUUAAUCUCUUUGUAUGGGCACAAGCAUCGUCCACCGCUAUCCCGUUCGGGACACUAGUGGCGCUGGUCAUGAUGUGGCUGUGCAUCUCGCUCCCACUCGUAUUUGUCGGUUCGUUCUUGGGCUUCAAGAGGGCGCCAUGGGAACACCCCACUCGUACCACCAUGAUUGCCAGGCAGAUCCCCGCGCAGCCAUGGUACCUCCGCACUGGACCCGCGGUGCUCAUGGGCGGCUUGAUCCCCUUUGCAGUCAUCUUCAUCGAGCUGCUAUUCGUGUUCAAGAGCCUCUGGCAAGACAAGAGCGGGUACUACUACAUGUACGGCUUCCUCGCACUCAUCGCCGGCAUCAACGUCGUGACCGUGAUCGAGAUCACCAUCGUAACUACGUAUUUCCAGCUCUGCUCUGAGAACUACAACUGGUGGUGGCGCUCAUUCCUCGUCGGCGCCGGAUCAGCCGUCUGGAUCUUCCUCUACAGCGCAUGGUACUUCAUGACAAAGCUGCACAUCGAGGGAUUCGUCAGCUCCCUCCUCUUCUUCAGCUACUCGUUCCUGGCCUGCGUCGUGUACGGCCUGCUCCUGGGCACCAUCGGCUUCUUGAGCACGUAUGCGUUCGUUAGGCGGAUUUAUGGCGCUAUCAAGGCGGACUAG